AGUGAAAAGCUAGAGAAAAGUCAGUGAUGGACAGAUGCUUGCAAGCGGUAUGGAGAUGGGUGAAGCCGCUGGUGAACUGGCGACGCAGCUGGAGACGUCGCCGUCGACGGCAGCGCAGGAGCGACGGAUCGCGGCACGCGUGCGAGUUCGAGCAGGGCUCCGAGAGCCAACUGGCGAGGUUACCGCCCAACGCGGCGCUCCGGUCGCGCCUCAAGCGCCGCCUGCAGAAGGUCCUGCUGGUGAGCUCGACGCACCCGUUCACCCGCUACUACCUGCGCAGCAAAGCCUCGAUCGCCUUCGAGAAGCAGCGUCACGGCAUAUCCAGCAACUGGUGGGUCGUGCAUCCCUGCAGCAAAUUCAGAUUCAGCUGGGACGUGGUCAUGGCGCUGACGUACAUCUACGCCUUCUUCACGAUGCCGUACACGAUAUCGUUUCGCCGACUGGCCUCGAAAUCGGUGCGAUCGGCUUACCUCGGGCCCAUCUACGUGUGCUGUCUGCUCGACGUCUUGCUCAACUUGGUCACGGGUUACUUGUCGCUCGACGGACCCAACGUCGUCAUGGAGCCGGUGCACAUAGUCAAUUGACCGAGUAACUAUCGUUGCGCCAGAAACUACGCCAAGGGAUUCCUGCUGAUCGACUUGGCGAGCUCGAUGCCCUACGAGUGGUUGUACGAGGCCCGGCUGACGCUGCCCAGGCAAAGCAUCCAGUGGCACCUGCUGCUGUUCGAGCUGGUGCCCCUGCUGAAGCUCUCGAGGCUGGUGACGCUGCGCAUCUACGCCAAGGAGAUCCUCGUGGUCGUCGGCGCCUCGAGGGCUCGCGAGUCCGUCAUAUGCUUGCUCGGCUUGACGGCCUUCAUACUUCAUUGGGCGGCUUGUUUCACUCACAUGUUUCCCUUUUACUACGCCUACGUGUGGAACAUCGACGUCCAAAAAUCGACCAACUACAUGUUUAUGGCGGAGCUGUACGACAAGCCGGCCUGGCUGGUCUACCUGAAAAACUUGCACAUGGGGGCUGGAAAUCUCUGCGGCUACACCUACAGCGAGGUGCAGUUCGACCACCUGCCCGACAAGAUCGUCAGGUGCAUGCUGCUGUUGCUGGGCAUGAUUUACUUUCUAUACGUGAUCGUGAUCGUGCUGCAGCUGAGCAGCUCGUCGACCGAGCCCGAGCACAAGUACCAGAUGAUCAUGCGCGGCGUCAAGGAGUACACGAGGAACAAGCGACUGCCCGAGCAGCUCAAGAAUCGCCUGCUGCACUUUUACGAGCAUCGCUUUCAGGGCAGCUUAUUCAAGGAGCACGCUAUAACUUCGGCUCUCUCCAAACACCUGAGGAACGAGGUGACGCAGCACAACAGCCGCAAGCUCAUCGAGGCGACGUCGCUCUUCAACAACAUACCGCGCAACCUGCUCAACAGCAUGAUCGGAGCCCUGAAGCAGAUGAUAUUCCUGCGCAACGACGUCGUGUACAAGUGGGGCUCCGAGGCCAGCUGCAUGUACUUCGUGGUGACGGGCUCGGUGGCCGUGCUGACCUUCAGCGGCGUCGAGGUCUGCCACAUCCAAGACGGCGACUACUUCGGCGAGGUGGCUCUGCUCCUCUCGCCGGACAACAAGCGCAGCGUCACCGUCGUGGCCCUCGAGGUCUGCGAGGUGCUGCGGCUCGACGCGCGCGACUUCAACCGCCUGGUGCUGCCCAAGAGCGAGCUCUACAAGCGCCUGAGGAGCGUCGCCCUCGACAGGAUCCGAGCCUUCCAAGAGGCCGAGCUCCGUAGUGCCAAAGAGCCGCCAGCUGCUUCUCCUUCUUGA